UGACACAAUAAGGACGGUAAUGACGGAAACGAUAAUGACGACGUUACGAUUCGAAGAUCAUUUUAAAGGGGAUAGCCGGACUAUCCACACCGCACCUUAAUCUCCGCUUCAUUGCCUCGUGGUUUAAAUAAUAACGUUGUAUGAAUAAUUGUAAACUACGUUUACUGCGCUGCAAAUAAAAUUUCGCAAUCGAGGCGACAAUUUUAUCACAGAUUGUGAGUAGAAGUUUAAAUUUUUUACAUUAUAGAGAAAAUCUCCCAGUUACGAUACAGAGUAUUCGGAUAACGUGACGUGCUGGAGAGCGUUUCAGUUUUUCUCUUGACUUUUACGUACGUACGUACCUAUCUUAGUUUUCGACAAAAUUCACGUACUAUCUGUGCUGCGGAGCUGCAGCUUCAAGACCACAGCGGCAGCAGCAGCGGCAACAACAGGACGAAUUUUACAACAACAAAAAAGAUGUCGGAUCACGAAGAAAUUGAAAUUUAUCCCUGCAAAUCCCCGGAUCACGCGAUAAUUGUUUCCGACAAAACGCGUAAUGACGAGAUAGUGGAGAUGUUGUUGGAAAACUUCAUAUGCGAUGAGACGAUGUUGAAAAGUCUCAAGGAAAGCGAAGGUAAACUUUCCCCGUCCGAGGAAGCAGAUUAUCAAGCGGACAGUCGCCUCAUGAUGAUGUCAGUGGUCGAUGUGGCAACGGUAAUUUUAGCGAUUCAUAAGGAGACUAAUCGCAUAUCGGGAGCGAUUUUCUUAAUGAUACGUGAAAUUGCAGACGAUGGAAAUGAGAAAGGUAUUUACAAUCCCUAUAGCCAAGGACUGUUACGUUCAAAAAUAACGAAAGAUUUUUACAACUACGCGGACAAGAUUGUCUCGUCGAUGAACGUUAAUUUGAAUAAAAUUUACCCGAAUUGCGGCAAAUUAUACGCCGAAGUUGAAAUAGUAGCUGUUAAUAGAUUGGAUAGAAAUAAUGGACUGGCAUUAGAUCUGUACAAAGCUGCUGUUGAGUUACUUAAAACUAUGCAAGAUGUUAGCAUUAUUUCCGGUGUCUAUACAUCCGUUUACAGCAAAAAAGUCGCCGAAAAAAUUGGCAAAAAAGUUAUAGCUCGAUUUGACAUAAAAACAUUGAAAGAUGAAAACGGUAGACCCGUUUUCCAGGACACGGAACCACACAAUAUCAUGACCAUGAUGGCCAUGAGAAUUUGAUCGAGCGGUCUUAUUCGUGAAUCUAAUUUUUUAUUUGAUUCUCGAGUUACCGUGUUAUUUAUUUUUGUAACGACAUGGUCGCCAUUGUUCUACUUAAUUAGACAACGUAGAAAAAUAAAACAAAAAAUUAGUCUCCGUAUCAUGCAAAGAUUUGGGAGUACGAUGUGCCAAGGUUAAACAUUUCUAUAGCACUGUACAGUUUUGAUUGUGAUAAAUAAAUUGAACCUCGCUGCAGACUGUGAUAAAAA